UUCCUUUAACAUGUUUGUUUAUUGAAUUUUUCUUCAUGAAUGUUCAUAAACUUGAAAGGGUAUUGUUUGAAUAAUUGUUAGAACAAAACCACAAAGUUUCCUUAUAUGUUUGUAUUUGUUGGAAACAGACAAAAAUAAACUGUUAUGGGAAAGAAGGACUCUGGUAUAUGCUAAAAAAUUUUUGCUGUCAUCUUAAUUUGGAAGAAAGGGUCGUUUUUGAAAAUUUGAGAUGCUGCCAAGGGUGUUUUGGUGAAUUUCUAUUAUUGAUUGCAGUUUGGUAAAUAGAGCUGUAUUUGGACAGUAGUAGGAUAUAUGUAUACAUAUAUAUAUAUGUAUAUAUAUUUCUAAUUCUUUGUUGUAAAGUACCAAGGAAAAUAUGCUGAUGUUAUAGUGGCACGUGUCAUCAUGUGGAGACUUAUGGAGCAAUAACAAUGGGACAAAAGAUAUCCAAACAAUUUAGUGGCAGAGGGAGACUAGUUCAGGUGGCUUGGUUUUAUUGGUGCUUUUUGUUAGGCUUGUUUGCUUUGGGCCUUGCUGUAUUGAUGAUACGAUCAAAAUUUUGUUUUCUUUCAUUAAGUUCAAUUCUUGGAGUCUUAGCUUUACUAAGGAAUUGAGAAAUUAAGCAUAUGCAAAAUUAGGAUUUCUAGUUUUUAAGGUUUGCUUUUAAAUUUUGUUAAUUGGUUAAUUUGUGGUGGGUAGCAGUAGACCAUAGGCGAGAGGGUGAGGUGAAUAUCUGUAUUUGGAGGCUUAACUCAAAUUUUUAUGGAGACAAUUUGGAUCAGAAUUGGACAUAUUGAUGUAGAGGAAAGAUAGAACGAUGAACCUUGGCCAAAAAAGCAAACAAAAAAAAAAAAAGAUAGGAUGAUGAAUGAGGGUUGGAUAUCAUAUAUGAUUCUGAAUUUGAGGCAUUUGAAGGCAGGGGCCAUAAAUCUUUCAAAAACGUUAUUUUACAUUGCUUAACUUUUUCAUUAUCCUACACUAUUUUACAAACAUAUGUAUAAUUUUGCUUUAGUUACUCAACCAUGCAUGCUAUAUCACUUAGUAUUUUCGAAGGGCCUUUUGUUGAAAAUUCACAUAUUACGACUGUACUUCAUGUAUGGGAGGGUUAGUAUAUUGAUGCAAAUGGAACUUAUAUGAUAGUUGUCAUCGAGUCAAGUGCACGAUAAACCACUUAAAUACAUUCAUCUUCAUAUCUAUAAAUGUUUUAUAAUAGAGCUUUUUUGAAGUUGUAAUUUGAUGAGAUCCUAGUUUUCUUGAAUCGGUUACUUAUAGUCACACUUUUCAGAACCCAAAUUUGUUAACAGAAUUGUGAAGCACAGCACCACCCUACCUUUAGAAACAACAGAGUCAACAUGUUUUAACCAUUUCCAGCAGACAAAGCUUUGAGUGAAGCAUGAGUGUGGCUGAUUAUGCCUAUUGACAAAACCAGCCCCAAGAGACAAGAAGGCUAGAAAAAUGUCUAACAAAGCAAUCACAGCCUACAAAGAAAUCUGAAUAAAAAACCAUAAAAAGAAAGCAGGGAACCCUUGUGCUUAAAAGGUCCUGGCUACCCAUUCUAGUUAUCUAUUACUCUUAUGGCUGCAUGAAUUUGAUUUUCCCAAAUCAUUAUUAGCAAGAAAGAUGAGGAAGGUCAUUUGAACACUUUUAGCAUGCAUUUUCCAACAAGAGUGACAGAAUACUUUUGGAUAUGUAAUUAACAAAAUGAGAAGACUAAAGGUUUAUGGAGUUAUUGAAUUCCUUUGAUAUUUUGGAAAAAUGAUGAGAUUCUCGGGGAAGGCAAUGGUGGAGGUGUUGUGUCCAACAGUUUUGGCAAACAAAAAUUAACAAUCUUCCAAUUCAUGGGUUCAGAAUAUUGUUCACAGUUUUUGUUUAUAUGGAUAGCCUUGUUUCAGUCAGAGGAGGGAAUCAAAUGCUUGAUGGAGUACAGGUAAAUAUGUUUAAGAGCCUCUGGUUUUUCUAUUAUUUAGCUUGGUAGUGUGUUCAACAGAUUUGGGAUUGAAAUCAAUUUCAUUGCUUAGUUGAAGGGACUGAAUAGAACCUAUCGCUUUGCAUAUUCUUAACUGUCUAUGAAGUGGAGUAUUAAACAAAGAUAAGUAUAGUUUUCAGCGACCAUUAUCGUAUUGCCCUUUUAGAUCAGAUGUUUUACUCUAAAUCUUAUUGAGUUCUUUUUGUCAUUGAAAAAUAUAUUUACUUCUAUCUGGGACCAGUCGGGAAAAUAUAGGAGGAAAUGACCUUCCAACUUUGGUGGAAAGAGUAUCACACUGUUUGCGGUAGGGAAAGCUUGCUGAUGCUCUUUCCUUUACAUAUAUCAGUACUUCAAAAUGUUUAUUCAAUACAUAGCAGGACUUAAAAUUUUUAGUCAUGACCUUUUUUCUCAAUUCGCGAUUUUUAUUGAAACUAGAUAUUUUCACUCUUAUGACCAGAUUUUUGAGGCACCAUGUCAUCGAGCUUUCAAUUUUGUGAAGAAAAAAAAAAAGUAUCGGGUUUAUUUAUUUUCAGAUCACCUAUAUAAGAACCUCAUUCCUGAGUAUCUAUGUUAAAAAGCUCUAGGAAUCACCCAAAUUUUGUGCACACUUUUCUCAGGAGUAUAAUUUUUGAAGCAAUGUAAAUAUGUGACAUACCUCUUGAAACAUUUGUGACGUGUUUUUUUCAAUAAUAAUGGCCACAUUUUGCUAGAACUGUGUGUUGAACUCUAAGAGAUAAAGAGGAAAAUCAUAAGCAGUGACAAUAACAUUUCAAUCAUAAGAUGGCGGAAGAGCAAAAAGAUUUUCUUUCAUAGGCAUUGCCAAGGAAAAGCAAAUGUUUCUCUGUCCUGACAAGUGCCCUUCUCUUAGAUUGAUAGACAGAAAAUGUACUCAAAAGCACUUCUCUCUGUUACUGUGUUUAUUUUCUUUACAGAAAUAUGCAUUAAACUCCUGAACCAACUGUAUCAAUAGCAAAAGUCAAGCAUCUGAAUUAUUUUAAAUGCUCAUUAAAAUUCUUUUGAAAGAAAGAAAAGAAUAUGAUGACACAAGAUUUCCCCAGGAAUCUGUGCUUAAAGUAUAUGCCCCAACUUUUAGAGAAGGCAGUAAGAAACAAAACUCACCCACCAAGUUUGGAAUACUAAUGAAUUCGUAAUCAUCAAGUUUUGAGAUAGUGAAACAGCACCAUGCCAGUCCCAGUUUCCACAUUGGGAUUGCAUGAUUUGGGAGUGUAAGAUUCAAGGACUUUUAAUUCUAUGAUUGCAGGGCUAAGGAAAGAAAAACAAUUCUAACACGAUUAUCAGUUUCAAAAACUGAUGCUAAAUUGAUGGUAAUAACUGAAAGGAAAAGAAAGCAGGUAUAAUAUUUGGGUUUUGGCUUCUCUAGUUAUUGACUAUAGGGAAGGAGAAAAGCAAAAAGAACCUAGAAUGGAGGGCUUUGGUGAUCUGCCAAGAGACUUGUUCCUUGAAAUCCUCUUACGGUUGCCAGUGGAAUCUUUGAUGCGAUGCAAGUGCGUUUGCAAAUGUUGGUACACUCUCAUUCGCAAUGCUAAAUUCAUUGAAUUGCACCUUAAGUACAACUGCAACAACAAUGUAUGUGUCCUUCUCAAGCGCUGCCUUCUGACAUGCUUAGGGAAGAAAGAAAAUAUGUUGUCUUUGGUCUGCAGCAACGGUUUUUCUUUUGUAAAUUUAGAUGUUGACUUGUCUUUGUAUAAGAAGGAGCCAUGUUUGCAACUUUUAGGUCAUUGUGAUGGCGUUAUCUGUCUAUCAAAUUACAGGGAUGAUAUAGUUCUAUGUAACCCUGCAACUAGGGAGUCCAUGGUCCUCCCCCAGUCUUGUCUCCCUUGUUCUCCAUCAAUACCAAAUUUGAUCCCGCAAACCAGUGCCUUGGGAUUUGGUUAUGAUGCAAAAAGUCACCACUGCAAAGUUGUUAGGAUAGUUUCAUAUUGGGAGGAGAUAAAUGAGAAUGGUUUACCCCACCUUUCCAGGGUUGAAGUCUACUCUUUGGGAACUGGUUCUUGGAAAGAAAUCAAUGUUAAGGUCCCUGCCCAUGUCUGGUAUUCUCCAUGUUUCGAAACAUACUUUAAUGGAUCCUUUCACUGGCAUGCUAUGGAUGAUAACAGAAAUGAAGUCAUCCUUUCAUUCCACAUGGGAAAUGAGGAGUUCCAAGUAAUACCAAUGCCAAGUUUUCUCUCCAUGUAUGAUUAUUCGAUGUGUAGGAGUCUUUUGAUUUGGAAUGGGUGCAUUUCUCUAAUAAUCUAUCCAGGGAGGGGGAUUGAAAAAUCAUUUGAGAUAUGUGUGAUGAAGGAAUAUGGAGUGAGGAAAUCUUGGACAAAAGUAUUGACAAUCGGACCUCUUAAAAGAGUGGAAAAGCCUUUGGUUUUUUGGAAAAAUGAUGAGAUUCUAAUGGAAGGCACUAACGGACAGGUGGUGUCUUACAACCUUAGGACCCAAGAAGUUAAGGAUCUUCCAAUUUAUGGGGUUCCAAAGUCAUUUGCUACUCUUGUUUACGUGAAUAGCCUUGUUUCAGUCAAAGGAGGCUAUCAAAUGCUCGCUGAAGGAGAUAAUACAGAUUUUGGUUGGUGAAGGCUUUUCCACCCUGGAUAACCUUCCGAAAUGCUUCCUUCAGUAUGAAGCAAAGGUUGAGAGCCCUGUACCAUCAUGAGUGAGACAUACGGGGAGGAUGGAAAGUCAAUGUUGCCAGGUUCAAUAAAUAAGAAAGGAAAAAUGAACAGAGAAAUAAUCUUCAGUGUACAGAUGAUAUCAUAAAUGUACAGAAAAAUUACCAUCCUAAAUUUGGGUUUAUCAGAAUCUUUGUGCUAUAAAUAAAGAUUUUUAAGAUCAAUAA